CUGCGUUUCUCCAUCUUCCUGGAUCCUUCAAACAUGGUCUACCUCCGCUGGGACCAUGACGAACAGGAGCUGAUGAAGUUUGAGCUGCAGGUCCAUACGACUGGCUGGGUGGCAUUUGGAUUCAGCCCUCACGGAGAAUUGCCUGGAUCUGAUACUGUGAUAGGAGGUGUCUUCCCAAAUAGCAGCAUCUACUUCUCUGAUUGUCGUGUGGUAGAUGAGACAACCCUUGAGGAAGAUGAGAACCAGGACUACCAGCUGCUGUCAGUGACAGAGAAUGAGACCUCCACCACCAUGCUGUUCAAACACCACCUCCGGACACGUGACCUAAAUGACCUGGAUAUCACAUUUGCUGUUCCAGUUGAAGAAACCAAGUAUGCCCGUACCUUUAUCCCACUGCCCAUGGUCAAGCAGAAACACCAUAUCUACAAGUUUGAACCUGUAAUAACACCCCACAAUAUAACCUUAGUUCGUCAUAUUCUUGUUUAUGCCUGUGGCGAUGCCAGUGUGUUACCCAGUGGCAUAGAUGAUUGCUAUGGAGCCAAUCCAGAUUUUGCGCUGUGCUCUCAGAUGCUUGUGGGCUGGGCUGUUGGAGGAGAGUCUUAUCAAUUUCCAGAUGAAGCUGCAGUUUCCAUAGGAACACCUUGGGAUCCUCAGUAUGUCCGACUAGAAAUCCACUACAGCAAUUUUGACUUGUUACCAGGUUUGAUUGACAGCUCAGGGGUACAAAUUUACUAUUCUCCGGAGCUACGGAAUUAUGAUGUCGGGGUUCUGCAAGUAGGCAUCUUCACUUUCCCUGUGCAUUUCAUUCCUCCUGGAGCAGAAUCCUACAGAUCUUACAGCGUUCGCAAUUACAGCCAGUUUGAUGAAGCGCAGCAUGUGCUAAGGCUAGAGGCAAACUCCAAAGAUAUAGGCACCCCCACCCCACCUAAACACGUACACUCAGAGAGCAGACUCAUCCGGCCACAAAGAGAUGAACACAGACAGGAGUACAGUACCCUCACAGGCACUCUGCUGGCAUGA